UAUAUGUUGGUUAAAUGUUCAUUCUGGAGGUAUAGUUUUCUUUUAAGGAUUGUUUAGUGCAGAAAAUGGAUUCGCAUGGGAAUGACAAAGAAAAUCUUGAUGUUCAUGGAAUCCAUAUAUUUUUAAACACAAGAUGCCUCGUACAUGCAAGGAAUUGGCUCCAUGAACCCAUCAGUGCUAUGCAAGUUUGUAUGGUUAAAGCACAAGCUUAUUGCUUCCUUUGCGUGUAGGUUGAACUGUAAUAACCUUUUCAUUAAACAGAGCUGAGAGUGAAAACACAUUUUCAUAUGAUUAUACUUAUAAUGAUUUUAACCCUAUGUCGACCUUACAAAAUGUUGGGGUGCCUAGUAUAUUCCAAAGAAUGCGAGAAGCAGCAAUUUGCUAAAGCAGAACACAGGGUUAACAACAGGAAAAAUUGUAUUUAUCCCUCUUACUCUUUUGUUCAAUAAAUAGAACACUUAUUAAUAAUAUUACAAUAUUAGGCUUUGUUUAGUAUAAGAGGAUUUUCAUCUUAUAUCAGUCAGUAGACUUUGAAACAAUGAAUGUUACUGACAGACAUUCAGCUUAAUCAUUUAAUUUUAGAUUAUAUAAUCUGGGUCUCCACCCUGAAGCAAGUUGCCUCAGGAUUCCUCCUCAAAUAAAUUGGAGCAUUACCACAACCUGAAAAUCUCUUCAACUAGUUAGAGGUGUCUUCGGGACAUGCUGUGUGUUUUUUGCUGUUAAGGGUUACAUUGAGAUAAAAGAGCUUGGGGGUGCAUGCACAGGACAGGAUGAAUUGCUCUACUUGCCCACAUCAGUCCCUGUUUCUACAGCCAUUCUGGGGUCAUGUCCUUGUAGAGUUUGGAGACCUUCUGUGCUCCCCAUUUUUCCCAGUUUUGCUGGCUUUUACUGGUUUUCUCUGUUUUAGUGUUCCAUUUACUGUAGUAGAUUUAUUGGGAGAACAUUGUCAUUUCUUGUAUCAAUACAAGAUACAGAAAAACAAGCACCCAACUCUAGAGAUGAUGGGGCUUUGUUUAUGGAGAGCUGUAUUUAACCAUCUCUUCUAUGUCAUUCCAGGGAUACUUCUGAAUUGGUUCUGGAUGCCAUCAACAGUGCUGCCGGCCACAGCACCAACUGUAUGUACUUUGUUUGUGGAGAUGUUAGGGUGCCUGCUCUUAUUUGACUUCCAGUACUAUAUAUGGCAUUUUCUACAUCAUAAGAACCUAUGGCUUUACAAGAAAGUCCAUGCUAUUCAUCACAAGUACUCGGCCCCCUUUUCAUGGUCCAGUCAGAACCUGGGAGGCUAUGAGCUGAUGACUCUUGGUUUCUGGAGCAGCACUAACCCUUUAAUAUUAGGAUGCCAUCCUCUAGCAUCAUGGGCUUGCAGUCUGCUAAGUAUCUGGAUGUCAGUGGAUGACCACUCGGGCUACAAUUUCCCUUGGUCUCUUAGCCAGAUUUUAUCUGGGUUAUAUGGAGGUUCAUUUGCCCAUGAUUUGCACCAUCAAAGGCCAGAUACAAAUUUUGCUCCAUUUUUUCAACACUGGGACAUUAUUUUUGGCACUGCCAAUUCUAUAUAUAAAGAGUCAAGAGGGCAGGAUAAAAGCAAUGCUUUUUGUGAAAAGAGCCAGACCACAAUCAAAACCCAAGAAAUAACCACAAAAGAGCUAUCUACCUUUAGAAUUUUCAAAUCUCACAGAAGAAAUGUGAAGUUCAGUUAGAAAUUGUAGAAUCUAGAAAAAUAUUGGUGCUUUAAUGAAUUAUAAGUACAAUAUCCAUAUAGCUGCUAAUCAUAUUUGCUUUCUCCAAAAAUACAAAAUUCAUUUAACAGAGUAGGUUAGUCAAUUUUCCAUAUUCUCUUUCUUAUAGUAUGUCCUAGUACAGAUAUGAUUUGAUUCCAUGGUGAAUUUUAUUUAAAGCAACUUAGAUGCAGGUUUUCAGAGAGGUAGCAGCCACUUAUCUACAAGCUAGAGCAACCUUAUAUAAAUAAUGUGGUGUUAGAAACAGAACUAUGUGAUUCAUAGAAAUCUUUUAGAGUUUAUUAGAUAUUUAGCCAACUGAAGAAUUCACUGUAUGAAUAUGUGGCAAAAGAAACAAAGUUUUUGUUUAUUUUUACAAAGGAUAAUGUACUUCCCUAGUAUGAUCAUUAGCCUUUAGAUUGCAUGUGCUAAAUCCCCAGCAUUAAUACUUUCCAUUAAUCCACAUCUCAGUAAACAAUGAUCUAAUUAAUAUCCUGAGUAGCCAUGAUACUAUAGUUAGAGUCUGACUGAAAUCGUUUAUCUGUGAUUUCCUACACACUUAAAAUAAAAACAUCCUUAUAAACUCUCAUAAUUAUAUUCAUCCACAAUUAUGGUGGGCUUGAAUCAGGUCCUGUACUUGUGAUCUAAACAUCUGCUCUCGGUAAGUAUGUUUUUUUUUAUAUUAGAAUAAUGUAAUCACUCCAUUGAGAAUUGCCUUGGAAAUAAUGUUCUGUUUAUUUAGGAGGCACAAAAAUGUAUAUUUUUUUUAAGCCUUCCUUAUGUAUAUUUUUGUUUUAGUACAUUCUGUAUUAUAAUGUAGAAGUUUAAAUAGUUUUAAAUAGUUUUAAAUAGUUUAAAUAGUUGCUAAAAUAUAAAGGUCCUAUUAAAAGGACAGAUAGUGGAGAGAGUUUAUUUAAUUUACUAUUAUUGAUGUUGACAAUGACAUGACAAAAAGGGAACAUUUUAUGAAUAUAAAUGAGGUUGAAUUUCUUUUAAUUAAUAGACUCUCUUCAGUUUAUCAUAAGCACAGAAACGAAACAGAGCCCAAACUUACACUUAAAUAAGUAUUUAUAUGCCUCCUAUUUUUAUAAAAAGUCUAAGUCAAGGCCUUUUCAUUAAAUCCUCCCACAUACAGUAUAUGAAUGUGUAUUUGCUGGAUUAAGUUCUGUUUUUUUCGGCAACAAGCUUUAUCCUCUGCAAUUCCCUAUGUUAUCCUUCUCUGUUACAAGGACACUCUCAAUAGCAUCACAGUACAAAAGUGCAAGGUACAGAUUUAUUAUUAUUAUUGACUUAGGGCACAUGUGAAAUGUUGAGCCCACUAUCACCACAGGGCUACCAGAGGGGAAAUAAACACUAAGCUAACUGAAUGCAGAAGGUCUAUGUAUGUUGCAUAUGAAUCCCGCUAUGAAGGUCACAGCAUGAACCUCUUUUCUAUGGCUGGCAGAGGUACCACGUUUGCUUUCCAUCUAUUCCAGAUAAUUGUAAUAAUCCCUGUAGCAGCCUUGCAGUGAUAACCCACAGAAUCUUAGGGUCACAAAUGGCAUAUUAUUUGUUAUACAGUGUGAGAUUUGUUUUCAGAACUUUUUAUUUAACAUUACCCUCAGGGAGGAAACAUGAUAUUAAAAUGGUGAUAUUGUUAACUAAUAGUGAUAUUUGAAAUGAUGUGUCUUUCUAAUAUUUGUUUUAUUUUGGCAGAUUUUCAAUUCAUUAUGAUGGGACCAGGAAAAAAUGUAAUAUAUAACUCAUGGUCACAGAUAUUUGCAGAAAGUUCUUGUGUCUCUCUAUACAGAGAUCAGACAUUUUUAAAAGUCUGCCUAGUUACUUAGUUUUCUACCUGGUAUAUUUUAACUUUGCAUUAUAAUUGUAUAUAUAUGUAAUAUCCUGUGUUAUAAUUUUAUAACACAGAAAAUAGUAUUAACAGAUAUUUCUUAUUUUUAUAUGUGAUGGAUAAAUAAAUGUUGUCCUCUUCACUUGAAAUCCUUCAUGUUCUGGAGAAUAGGUGUCAUCUUGCAUUUCUGGGUACAUCAGCCACUUGCCUCAGUUUUUAAGAGUUUCAUAGAGGUUAGUGUGGGUGACUGGCACAACAAGGAGUAUACCUUCAUUAGAAAACUGCAGGGCAGAUGGAGCAAAAUAGUGCAAGUAGCAUAUCUUUUGGUCAUGAAUUUGAUUGAUUAGCUUAAUCCUAUUAAUUUAGUGUGGAUUUAUACUUUUAUAUAUCACCCUGGAUAUGCCUGUGUGUAUAUAUUGUGCAAGCCUGUAGGUGACCAUAUUGUGCUGGGCGUGUAUGUGUUAUGGUUAUGAGAUUGCAGCAAUUUCGGAUCUUUUCCAAAACAUUUUUCUAAUUCAUGUUUAAUUAUUUUAAAAUUACAUGGUGGUGUGAUGUCUUUGAUGCUGUUAUUACUGCAGCCCACAACAGGGAAAUAUUGUUUAGUUAUAUGACUCUUGAAAUUGCUUAAAUCUCUAAUGUUAUUCAGAUACGUUGGCUGAUCAUACAGUAGCAUAACUAUAGAGGAAGCAGAUCCCAUCGUUGGGAGAGGCCCAGGGAACAGAGGGGCCCAACCCUGGGGACCUUUAUAGCCACUGAAAUCAUGAACACAGUGUGGCAGGCUUGCACGUCUGCUCACAGUGGGGGGCAGGCUUCAGUGUGCACCAGGCCCAUCCAAAGACUUUUUUGCAGAGGGGCCUGGUGGCAUAUCGUUAUGCCACUGUGAUUUCAUAUUAUAUCAUACCACAUGUUUCAGGACUAGAUUCUAGUGAAAGCAUGUUGUCAUAGGCAAGGGGAGCUAUAAAACCCCUUGGAGGGGCCACUUGGCUUCCACUUGGAUACCCUUGUUCUAAAUAGGUAUGCAUGUAUAUUUUUAUUUAUAUAGUGCUACUUACAUGCCCAAAACUGUACAGCAGAACUAUAAAUGAAUACAACAAAUGGGUCAUUACAAUAAUAAAUAAAUACAAAGUAUAAUAAUAAAUACAAAUAAAUACAAAGUACGGAUGCAUUAAAGAUUGCCCAGAGUUAAGUGUCAAAGAGACAAGAGCUUGCAAUCUAAAUAAAUGGUCCCAGGGAAUACCUUAAAUCUUCUUCAAUUUAUACUAAGGGUUUAAGGUUCAAGAUAUACGUUGUUUUUUUAAUUAUCUCAUAUUUUGGUUUAGACACAUCUCCCUGCUUCCCACCCGCUCUACUACCUACCUGUUUGCUGCCGUAGUGGAAAUUUAGAUGCAAAAUUAAGGAAGCAGACCCCAUGGUCUGGGCCAUCACGCAACCUCUUCUGCAAUACAAAUGAUUUCAGCCAAACUACCCAACCUGCUCUGUGUGUUGCUUAUUCUGAUCACUGAAUAUCUGUUAGAAACUUUAGGUAUAUGUGUGUGCCAUCAGCAGACCCUGCUGCCUUAGGCCCCAUGUGACGUAGUGUUCAGCCUGGGGCUGUUGGAUGAAAUGUGCAAUAGAUAAGAUGUCUGAUUUAGGCUAAGAAAUGUAUUAGUCAUUUUUCCAUUGAUCUGUUUAUUUAGUGACUGGGUUAAAUUACGUUUACAGCAAUGGCACACACAGCAGAGUUACGGUGCAAUUCAUAACACAUGUAAGUCUCUUGGACUUGAAAGGAUAAUACCAUAUAAUAGGCCAAUUUCAAUUCACCUAAAAAAUAUUAUUUAAAUCGGUUACAAAUUGCUUGUGUUUUCUUAAGAAUAAACAUGAGAUAUAUGAAAAAACACUCAUAAUCUUUUCUAAUUGGACUGAAUCUGUGAUUUACAGCUGCUAUGUUGCUAAGUAAUGUUUCACUAUUUUUAAUUUAAUUGUGACAGUGGGUUUAUAUGACUGAAUUUUAUUUAUAUAUA